UCCCUAGUGUGCCUAUUCUUCCGGCAAUAACUACACCGAAGGGAAUCGUUAUAAACUAGUUUCUUUCCCUCUGGUCUUCUAGAAUUUGUAACAUUUGGCAGCUCCAUCUCUUUCAUUUCCAUAUAUAUAUAUAUCUAGAAUCAAUUGCUCCUAUAAAAAAAAAAAAAUUAAACUUUUGACCUUCUAAAUAAAAUUAUUGGCAAAAAAAUAUACUACAUAAAUAUAUUUUGGGGAUCAUCCUUUCAUACGAGUAGAUCUUGACUUUCAUACAUAAAUAUUUUCCUUUCCACUUGACUUUCCAUCGUUGCUUUGGCAUUUCCACGUAAUUGCUUAUAUAUGAAGCACCGUAUACAAAUUAACCAAACCCUCACAGAAACUGAAUAGCAUUCAAUUGUUCCUUCUAUCCUUCACACAAUCACAAGCUUUUUGGUUCCCAAUGGCUUCCACGAGCACACACACAGUGUCUUCCUCUUCAACCCCUAACCCUAAAUGGAAUUACGAUGUAUUCUUGAGCUUCAGAGGGGAAGACACAAGAACUUUGUAGACCAUCUGUUCGCUGCUUUGUCUCAGAGAGGAAUCUACACCUUCAAAGACGAUAAGCAACUCAGAAGAGGGCAAGAUAUUUCACCAUCACUGGUGAAAGCCAUCGAAGAAUCGAGGUUCGCUCUCAUCGUCUUCUCCAGAAACUAUGCUUCCUCCAAGUGGUGUUUGGAUGAACUCGCGAAAAUCCUUGAAUGCAAGAAGACGAUGGGGCAAACAGUGGUACCAGUGUUCUAUGAUGUGGAUCCUUCGGAAGUCCGGAAACAAGCAGGGAGCUUCGAAUCAGCCUUCCACAUUCAUGAGAAAGCUUUCAGUGGGAGCAUGGAGAAAGUGCAGAGGUGGAAGACAGCUCUGGUGGAUGCAGCAAAUAUAAGCGGAUAUAGCGUUCGGGAUACAGCAAACGGGUGCAUUCCAAUGACUUCAGUGAGAGAGUACUGCCCAAAUUUUUCAGGACCACCUUUUUCCUCUCUUCUUACUUCAAUUUCUUAUCCCAUUUACACUUGGAUGUCCACUGUGCACUGUUAUUAUCUCAUUUGUUGUCUAAUGAACUUUUAUCUAGUGCCAUUUUUUCAGGACCACAAUUAAUCCCAAGUUUAGGGAGGUUAUACCACCCACUUUGGAUACUUGUGUCCCGGCCAUUCUUUGCUAUCGUUGCACUGGUAUACUCUUUCCUUUAUUCUCUUUGCACAUUGAGGACACUGUGCUAUUUAAGUUUGGGGGGGCGGUAAUGGUGUUAAUUGCAGUAUUUGCUUUCAAUUCAAAAUUUUGAGCAUGACUUGUGUAUUUGAGGAAUUUUCUAUAAUUGGUUCAUAACUAGUUAUGAUUUUGAUCUUUUGAGGACUAUAUUGCUUAAAAUUUAAAAAUUGCUUGACUUGAGAGUCCAAUACUCCUUGUAUGCCUUAUGGAUACCAUUUAGGAAUAAAUUUUUCGAAAGAUUGAUAUCUUGCUUGCACUUGUGGUCCACAUCAUCUUGAUUUUGUGAUUGUUUUGAGAUUUACUCUAGGAUUCUACACUAGCACAGGCGCACACUAGCAUUCAUUUAUGGGGUGCAUGCUUUGUUGAUUAUUGAAUUGAUUAUAUCUCAAUUGGGCUAGUAGUGCAUUGAAAGCUUUUAUUUUGACAAAAGUGGAUAACAAUCCCUUUUCAUUGAGUAGCCGGGAUUCUAGCCUCAUCAAGUACUGAAUUUCUCGCGCCGAAAGGUGGAGGGCCCAAACUCUAGGUUAAUAAUUGAACUUAUUUGUUCAAAAAAUAAAUAAAUAAAUAAAAAUAAAUAAAGAGUUGCAAAAACCAAUAAAAA